UCAGUCAGUCGAAGUUAACCGCUGUCAAAGCGGGAAUGUGAAAUUCUCGUUUGUUGAUUCCAAGUGAUUGUAUCUGAGUGAUACGCGGCCUUAUAUAUUAAUUUCACCCAACACGAUGCCGCCGAGUAGCCUUCGAGUCGUGUACGCGUUCGCCAGAGAAAUGCAUCCAAAAACUAGUGAAGUUUUCAUUCAAUACGGCACAGCCGGAUUCAGAACCAAAGCCAAUCUAUUAGAGCAUGUGGUAUACCGCAUGGGUCUUUUGGCAGUCAUCCGAUCUCGUGUGAAAAAUGGUCGCACGAUCGGCAUAAUGAUAACGGCUUCGCACAAUCUGGAGCCGGACAACGGCGUUAAACUGAUCGACCCCGACGGCGAGAUGCUGGAACAGAGCUGGGAGGAGAUCGCCACGAGGCUAGCUAAUGUCAGUGACAAUGACUUAGAAUCAACAACGGAGCAGAUAAUAAAGGAAGUGAACGCAGACAUGGCUCUCAAGGCGUCCGUCUUCAUUGGCAUGGACACUAGAUACACGAGUCCCCGACUUGCUGCGGCGGCUGUGCACGGUGUGAUCGCGCUGAAAGGCACGCCCAAGGAAUUCGGCAUCGUCACCACUCCCAUACUUCACUACUGUGUCAGAUGUCGCAAUGACAACACUUACGGCACUCCCACUGAAGAAGGUUACUACGAGAAGAUAGUGGGAGCCUUUAAAAACAUACGUCAGAAGUUACCAGUAGGGGGAGAGUAUACAACUACUUUGUAUGUGGAUGGAGCUAAUGGAGUCGGCGGAAAGAAACUAAAUAUUAUAAAGAAGAGUCUAGGAGAUGAGUUGGAUCUCGUGUUGUAUAAUUUAGGUGGGAAUGGAGGAAAAUUGAAUUUAAAUUGUGGUGCGGACUUUGUAAAAGUAUCUCAGCAGCCACCUGUAGGAGUAGAACAUAAGCCGUGGCAAAGAGUGGCAUCACUGGACGGUGAUGGUGACAGGAUUGUUUACUAUUACUUAGAUGACAAAAAUAAUAUGCACUUAUUAGAUGGGGACCGUAUCGCUACGUUACUAGCGAGUUAUAUAACGCAGUUGUUGAGCGCGUGCGGAGCUCAGCUUAGACUGGGCCUGGUACAGACUGCGUACGCCAACGGCGCCUCUACACAAUACAUCACACAACAACUUAAAGUGCCGGUGACAUGUGUGAAGACGGGCGUGAAGCAUUUACAUCACGCGGCUCAGGAAUACGACGUUGGUGUUUACUUCGAAGCGAACGGACACGGAACUGUACUUUACAGUGCCAAUGCUAAAACUAUUAUAGCAAAGAUUGCUGAAGAAGGUGAGGUAGAGCAACGUAAAGCAGCAGCUCUACUUCUGCAGUACAUAGAUAUGACCAACGAGACUGUUGGCGACGCGCUCUCUGACCUGUUCCUGGUGGAGACGGCGCUUUGUGCUCGCGGACAGGGUGUGAGACAGUGGAUGGAGGCAUACACUGAUUUACCCUGUCGACAACUUAAAGUUACCGUACAGGACCGUAAUGCUAUAUCAACGACUGAUGCUGAGCGUGUCUGCACCUCACCCGAGGGUCUGCAGACGAGGAUCGAGGAGUUGGUGGACGGCUACAGCAGUGGACGAGCCUUCGUACGUCCCUCUGGUACAGAGGAUGUUGUCAGAGUGUACGCUGAAGCGGACACGCAACAGUCGGCAGACAAAUUGGCAGCAGAAGUAGCGCAGGCGGUGUUUGACAUGGCGGGAGGUGUCGGCAAUAGACCUGUGUUGCCAGCUUAGAUAUCACAAACAUUUAAAUCAUUAACUAAUUUUAAUACAACGGUG